AUGGCGUGGAGAUGCUCUGGAAAGAGCAAUUUGGAACUCAUCACAAACAUGCGAGACAACGAAUUGAUCAAACAAGAACGUGUCUUCAAUGCUAUGACAAAGAUUGAUCGAGCCAAAUACUGUCCCGCGUUUCCCUACGAAGACUCACCACAAGUGAUUGGCUACGGUGCAACCAUAAGCGCUCCUCACAUGCACGCCCACGCACUCGAACUAUUACUCGACAAGCUCACUCCAGGGUCCAAAGUCUUGGACGUCGGCUCUGGCUCUGGAUACCUCACAUCAUGCUUUGCAGAGCUGGUCGGUCCAUCUGGCAAAGUAGUUGGAAUCGAUCACAUUGAUGAAUUGGUGGAAAUGUCACAAAGGAACAUAAUGAGUGAUCAUCCAGAGUAUUUGGAAGAUGGAAGGAUUGUGUUGGUUGCUGGUGAUGGACGUCAAGGAUAUGUGAAUGAGUCUCCUUAUGAUGCAAUGCACGUGGGGGCUGCAGCUGAUGGUGUGCCUCAAGCACUCUUUGACCAAUUGAAAGUGGGAGGCAGAUUGAUUGUACCUGUUGGAGCGAUGAAUGGGCACCAAGUCUUGACUCAAUUCGACAAGAAGGAAGAUGGGAAGAUUGAAGAGCACGAGCUCAUGAAUGUGAUCUACGUGCCGUUGACAACAGCAAAGUUUCAACGAUUACGUUCUCGAUAA